AAUGGAUGGAUCUUUCGUUGAAAAGGAGAAAACAGCCGCCUGUGUUCGUAAGUCAAUUUCUACUACGAGCAAUACAGUUAAUGGUUAUGGAACUUUGCUGUUGCAGACAUUGGAAAGUCGUAAAGCAAAACUGGACGGUGAUUCAAGUGUAAGAUCAUAUUGUCAAGGUCUUAUAAAACUCUCUCAACGUCAUUUCGGAAUCGUACUGUUAUGCAUUAUUCUUGGUGGCCUAAUAUUUGCAACUUUACCUGAGAAUAUUUUGCUCAAUUCUUGCUCUUUGAUCAAAAUUACAAGUCGUGUUUUGCUCCCUGGCCUGGCUACUUUAUGUCUCUUUUAUUGGGCUAGUGUUACCGUUCGAAAAUACUUUGAUUCACAGGCUUCGUUUGUGAUAGUUCCUGUAUUUUUCGUCACAGAACUAUGCCUUCAAAUACUAAGAUUUUUCAACAGUGACAAUGAUCAUAUUUCAACGUACAUCACUGUCGUCGUUAUGAUGCUAAUGCCGUGUUAUUACUUAAUACCAGAAUGUAGGAAUGAAGGAACAUGUAUGUUCGCGUCCUGCUUGUUGAUAAUCAACGUUUUUGACAAGCUUGUUACAGCAAAUAAUAGUGGAUUUUUUAGAUAUAUUUUUAUAAACUUAUCGGCCGUGCUGGGAGAAUUUUUGACGCGAAUGGUAAUUCUUCCCACGUCACAGAAGCCAAGUGAGAUUGAAGCGAAAAUUUCACUUACACCUGCGAAAACUAAUCUUAAAAUCGUCGAAAUUCGGCUGCAUCGGGCACCAAUAAUCGAAGGAGAACUUCAUUACCAGUGUUGAAUUUUCAAGCAAAGAGUACAAUAGAUACGACAACUCUUGGUGAAGCUCAUGGAAUGUUAUCAGAUUUAUUGGCGGACUCAAGCCUUCCCAGUAAUGUUGCGAGCACCUUAAAAAUCAUCAGUUCAAUGAUUGCCCAGCCAACGUUCAAUACAUUUACACGUGGAGUGAACUCAAUGAGUCCAUUAGUGGAGAACCGUUUUGUUCCUGAUGAAAAGAUAUGUGAGCAGCCCGAUAUGAGGGAUGAUGGCUGGCGCUCACGACUUCAUCACAAUCGUAGAAUGUCAAAUUUAUUUACGACAACGACAUCGGCUACAGGCAUGCCGACUGUGGAUAAUAUAUCUCAUAACCUUCCUGGUUCACCUAGGUCUGGGUCACCUACAAUUUUAUCGUCUGCUAAACUCAGGCAGGCGAAAUCUCUUCCGUACACUCUCUCACAUACUCAAGAUAACACUCGAUCAAGUGAAGUUCGUUCUUCACCCAUAACCCGUAAGGUAUCUUGUGAAAGUGUUUCAUUCACGAGUGUUCACGAAGAAAACUCGAAACUCGUGGAAAAUUGUAAGUCGUGUGGACAGUCGGAUGUUUCGGAAUCGGAAGAUAACGUGACCUCCGAAAAUGAAAUGGCGUUAACGACGAUGUCCUUUUAUGGCAGGCGUAAACCGACAGUGGAUGAAAUUCUAGAGAAAGCAAAGAAUACGGAGAGGAAUGGAGAAGUGGAAAAGUUGUUUGAUAAAAUUGAUAGUUGGAGUUUUCCAAUUUUCGAUGUGUGGGAAAAUGGCAAUGUAUUGCGAGGGGUGGCGUUCAAAAUUUUUAAAAACUCUGGCUUCUUUGAGAAGUUUCACAUACGAGAGGAAAUAUUUUUGAACUACUUUACUGCUCUUGAAGCAGGAUAUAAUGACAUUCCUUAUCACAACAGUGCACAUGCAGCUGAUGUAUUACAUGGAGUAUAUCACUUAACGACUCAACGUAUUGCAGGCUUCUGCCCCUUUGAUACCGGUGACCCAAAUAGUGAUUCUGAUUCGGUGAGCGGUGACCAAUCAGAAGAGUUAUCAGAAACUACGGACCAUUAUGACAGACUUUCUAGUUGUUUGCCAGAUUUAGAGAGAUUUGCUCUGUAUUCUGCUGCUGCUAUGCAUGAUUACGACCAUCCUGGUAGAACAAAUGCCUUUAUUGUUGCUACAGUUGAACCACAGGCUUUACUUUACAAUGAUCGGUCAGUACUGGAGAACCAUCAUGUAUCGCAGGCAUUUUCUUUACUUCUUUCGUCUCCUGAGUAUAAUUACGUGGAGUCUCUUUCGACGGCAGAUUAUAAGAGAUUCCGUUUUUUGGUUGUGGACGCGGUUCUAGCCACUGAUCUCAAACGCCAUUUUGAUAUUCUCCAAGAGUUAAAUGCAAAGGUUGACAGCGGUGCUGGUAUCGACUGGUCUUUUCACGAAGACCGUCUUUUAGCCUCUCAAUUGUGUAUAAAAAUGGCGGAUAUCUCUGGUCCAACAAAACAGAAAGAUAUUCAUAUAAGGUGGACAGAGAGAAUUGUUGAAGAAUUUUAUGAGCAGGGCGAUGAUGAACUGUCCAGAGGAUUACCUGUUUCACCUUACAUGGAUCGAAAUGUGCCGCUAGUUGCUCAGUUACAGGAGACUUUUAUUAAUCAUUUAGUCGCUCCACUGUUUAGGUCAUGCAGGAGCGCGGGCCUGCUACCUGGAGUAUGGGUGACGUCUUCAGAGUAUGACGUCAAUAAAGAGAGCGACGGGAUAGCUCAACGAAAGAGGAUGAAAGCACGGAACAUUCAGAUUCCGGUGUGGGUCAUCACCGGAGUUAUCCCGUCAAAAAAAGACUUGGUAAAAAAAUGAAACGGAGGAAACAAAGGAGAUCAAAGGAGAUUUUCUGCGAAAUUAUGGAAAACCUUGAAAGUAAUUAUCAAAUGUGGAGCAGGAGGAUUAAGGAAAUGGAACUUGAAAAGCAGGCAAGCAAAGGUAAAUCAAAGGACAAUUCAGUCGAAAAUGGUGGAAUUACUGAAGACACUGACUCAAUACCGGCUAAAGAAACAAAUGAGGAUGUCUGAAGGUUGUAGUGUUCUUAUAAUUAAGUGUUGAUAGUUAAGCUCAUGGUGUCCUGUUUCCUUUAACUUGCUCGCGCUGUGUACCUGUCCUUACAUAGUCAUCUGUGCGUGCGUGCUGCGUGUGUGUGUAAUAUAAAUAGAUUUGCGAAACAGCGGAUUUAUAUUUCAAAAUAGAUUAUAUAUUGAAAAACUUGUACAUUACUUGGUGCUGCCGCUGACCAAGUAUAAUAUAGCUCAGAUUGUUCAUGGCUGUACAUUACCUUAGAUUGGAGAGAUCGUGUGAAAGAUAAAAUGUUGUAACUAACCUUUUACAUUAUGAAUCACGCAAGAAAACUACAGAUACGUCGUAUAUAAUAUUAAUAAUACGAUGAAGCUGUGGUAAUAUAUAUAAUGAAAAUAUUUGGGUAGCUACCUACCUGUCGAACACGAAUUUUUUCUUUCGUAAUUUGCGUAUAGAAAGGCCAGUUCGUGCGUCAAUGUACGAGCUCUUUUCAUUAAAGCUUCUAAUUUUCACUAAUGUUUCUAAUUUUCACCAAUGCUUCUAAUUUUCACCAAUGCUUCUAAUUUUUACCAAUUCUUAUAAUUGUCACUAAUGCAAUCAUUUUCAUUAUGUCGAUUUCAGUUGUCAAUUUCGUUUCUAUAUUUCAGUUUGUUAUAAGUUUUAUUUAUUAAUGUAAAAUAUAAAUUUCAUCAAUUAA